UAUUAUAAGGGAUAAUGUAUCCCCUACUGUAAAUGAUAAGGAUAUUAGAAGUCACUUUGUGGCUGUAUCCAUUUAAAGGUCCAAGGUACAAGGCUGCAGGUCAGGGAACAGGCUAUAAGAUAAGUUCCUUAGGUUGGUAAUAGCAGUUUCCGAGCAAGGGAGGGAAGAUGAGGAAUGUGAAGAGGAAGGUGAAGAGGAUGGUGGUUACAAAAAACAGAAACAAGAUAAUUAUCGUUCUUUAUUAGAAAUUUGAUCGUCACGAAACAGAAUUCGUGUUUCAAUAUGAAAGUCUUGUUGCAAUCAGCAAUACGCCCUGAAAGGUCUGAAGUGAAGUUGCUUAAUUAGGCCCUGGAAGUAAGAGAUUUCUCUUUAGAAGUUCUGCUAAUUGCUAAUUAAUUUACAUUCAUCUCAAGUUUCUUUCUCUAAUCAGUUAAAAACAACAAAAGCCCCGAGGGCAGUUUUCUGCUCACUGUGAACUGAGAGACUUUCUGUGAGUGGAUUAAACUCUGGUGGAGAAAAUGACUAAGAAAAUCAGAUUUACGUAUUACUGUGUCAUUUACACUUUUAUUCCCCAUUUUCCACAUACAACGAGGAAAUGCUUCCGUCUGUUUCACAGAAAUUCCUCUGCAUUUCACAGGGAAGCUAGAAAACACAACAUGUUGACUGUAAGCUCUGAGGCCAAGAAGAGUCCUCUCCUGAUAUUUAAUCCUGAUUUGUUGUAAUAUCAGUAAAAUAUCAUUCAUUUAAAUUAGACUGAUACAGGGAGCUGACACUCUGGGAGUUUUUUUUAUUUAUUAACAACAUUUUGCUGGUGUUAAUGACAUGAAAUUGAAGUUGAAAUUAAAUUUUCCAAAAACACUGAUAUUUACGUGGGUUUUUUUUAAUUUUCAUUAGAAUCUGAAUUUGAGUUAAAGGCCUAAAUUACUGCUGCUGGAUUAAGGUGCCCCCCAUGGCUUUAGUGCUGCUGGGUCACCCUCAAAUCCUGGAACCCUUCUGCCUGUCACAACCCAGCUAUGGACUUGUACAAUUCUAUUGUCACACAUAUAAUACCCUAUUUAUACAAUGAUGAAGUUAAUAUUUUUAUAUUAUAAAAUUCUUUGAAAGUUUCUGUUUGAUGUCGGCACAAAUAUUUCUGACUGACGGCAGCUCUCAGUGAAAAUUCCAAGGAAUCCUAUACAUUUACUUUGCUUACUUAAGGUUAAGGGGAGUUUUCUUUUCUGAGAAGUUUGGAACAGCAUGAGAGUGUGACCUGCAGCCACAAAUAGUUUUAUUCCUAUGUGGAAUUCAGGUCCCGGCUCCUGUUCCUUAAUAAUAGGAAAGAGCAUGAGGAGGGCAGAGAAGAUUGAGGAGCUGAGAGACAGGAGCAGGACACAGAGACCUGGGUGGUUUGACUCUGGUUCUAAAGCUGUGACUCCAGAGAUGUCCAUUGUGAAACUUGGAUGGUAACCCUUGGAGUCAAGAAUUGGGCAGAGAGACUUUAGUAAGAAGACCUGGGUGAUGCGACCUGCCCAUUAAGACUUCUUCAGUAAGACCAGAACAGUGAAAACUGGACAAAAAGACUUGCAAGUUGGCCAGCGAGAACUUAAAGGGGAAGCCCAGGCAAAGAUAUUUGAAGGCCAAGAGGUGGGUAUUGAGACAUGAUUACUAAGAACUUAAUAUUAAAACCUGAAAGCCAAGAGUUGGGUUGUGAGAACUGAGAUGUGUAACUUGAAAAGUGAGACCUGGGAGAUAAGAGGCACGAUACAGGGAACAUGAAUGAGGACAUCUGAACACUGAGACCUCAUUGGACGAGCAGAGACUUGAAUGAUGAUACAUGAGAGACCAGAAGACACUAUGGUUUCUUUAUAAAAAGUAGUAAAAUGCCUCUUCUAGACACAAGAUCUUUUCCAGCACAGCAGCAUUGGGAACCAUCUUUUGAUGGUGAAAGUGCAAGGUUUAGUAUUGAAGACCCCUAUCAGGGGUCCUCUGCCCCCCAUGUCAGAAGGAAACUCCAUGUUGUAAUCUGUAGGCUUCUUGUGGAGCUUUGUGAGAGGUUCACUUUUUUUGGGACAGUCUGCAACAUGAUAUUGUUCUGUACAAUAAAGCUGAGUUAUCGCAACCAUGAAGCAGCUAUUGUCAACUUGUGCUUUGUUGGAAUUUCAACUCUAUCUCCGGUGCUCAUUGGCUGGAUGUGUGAAAACUGCACCCAAAGGAGCAGAGUCAUCUACACCUGUGCCUUUCUGCACUUUGUAGGUACCGCACUGCUGCCCGUAGUGGCAUUUCCAUUUGAAGAUUUUUACAUAGAUGUUCAUCACAUCGCCCACACGUUGGCCAAAAGGGAGCAAAGCCUGCUGUUCUACACUGGGCUACUAAUGGCUGCCAUUGGCACUGGGGGCAUUCGCGCUAUCAUCUGCCCUUUAAGUGCCUACAGUCUUCAGGGAUACGAUUGGCGGAAAUUCAUGUCCUUUUUCAAUUGGUUUUAUUGGCUGGUGAACCUGAACUCCCUGGUUGUGUUUAUGGGCAUCUCUUAUAUCCAGCAAUCGGUGGCAAAGAACUUGGGCUUCCUCAUUCCAUUCAUGUCAGUAGUCAUGGCCCUGAUAACCAUCCACAUGGUGCGCAAUGACCUCUUGUACCAGCCCAGGAAAGGGGGUUCUCUGCUAGUGACACUCGGAGUCUUCACAAACGCAGUGAGAAUGUGUUGCACCAACUACCAUCACCUUGGUGGUCGUGUCAAUAUGUGGCUGGAUUGUGCAAAAGAAAACAAUGGAGGAUGGUACAGCGAAUCCCACGUGGAGAACACCAAGGCCCUCGUGAGACUAUUCCCACUCUUCAGUUUUCAGCUUCUUUACAGAAUUUGCAUCAUGCAGACCUCAUCAGGAUAUUUCAUACAAACAAUGAAUUCAAACUUGAAUUUCUAUGGAUUCCUCCUACCUAUUGCUGCCAUGACAAUUAUAAGCAUCAUUCCUCAGUUAAUCCUCGCUCCUUGCUUUGAGGGCCUCAACUCAAGGUUCUUCUCCAAACUUGGCUACGGGCUGACUCCAUCCAGUUAUAUAAUUUGUGGCCAUCUCUGUGCAGCUGUUUCCCUUCUGGUCGCCGGUAUCUAUGAACUCCAUAGGAAUUCUUUCCCACUGGUGGAGCAGACCCUUUCUGGAACUGUUCUGCUGGUUUCCUCCAUGCCCUGUUACCAGCUGGCGCCACAAUAUGUUUUGCUUGGAAUCGCCGAAGCUCUGGUUCUUCCUUGCUGUUCGGUUAUAACUGUCAGACUGGUGCCGGGGCAGCUUAGGGGCAUCGCCAUGCACUUUCUCAGCCUGUUCAAUGCCGCCGGCUGUUUCAUGGGAGCUUUGGUGGCUGGAGUUGCAUUUUUAGCAUCAGAAGGCAAUUGGUACCCGGCCUUCCUGCCCAUGGGGCACUUGGAGAGAUUCUACUUCUUUCUGGGGACACUCGGCCUCCUGAAUACCCUCUGCUUCUGGAAAAUCUCCCACAGGUACAAUGAUUUGGAUCAGGAGAUGGAGCUGGGAUUCAGGAGAAGCCGCCUGGAGGAGAAACUGAUCCAACACGAAAGAUCUCUCAAGUUCUAUGAGAGUGUCCUAGACUGGACCUACCCAUUCUCUCCUAUGGAGACAGCUGUGUAAUUCUCAUGGGCAGUUGUAUAGAGGUGGUGCGGGCACUGCCAGACUUGAGGGCACUGGGCUCUGUGUAAAUUAAACUUCUGAAUGAACCCAAAGGGAAUAACCAAAUAACCAAAGGGAAUAAUCUUCUCAUGUGUCUGAGCCUUUCAUUCCAUCCAGAGACGGAAGUUUAAUAUCCAUGGUUGGUCAUUCUGGUCACUGAGCUGACGGCAAUGUUCUCCACGAAUUGGACCAUCUAAAGCAGUGCUUCCUAAACUGUGGGGUCUUUGGGUUCUGCUGGAGGGUAUCAGUGUACUUUUGCUCUUUUGCACCUAAAACUGUUGGGGGAGGGGGCUGUAUGAUUUAAUACCCAGUUCUUUCUCUUCUGCUUUGCCCUUGAUGUUGAGCAGCCAAGACUUUGGGAUGGACUGGAGCCAGAUUUGUUGGAUGUUCCUUAUAGACCAGUUGUCCAGUUCUGCCCAGUGGGCCUGGAUUGUCCAUUGGUGGUUUAGUGCAACAUGACUCAGAUAGUUCUCCUGCAGACAGAACAGCCAUGGGGGCAAAACCAGUGAUGAUAAAGGAAGAACACGGCGUAGCUGCUAUUGGCCCCAGGCCAGGUAAAAUAGUGAAGGAUUUAAAUCUGUGAUGGGAUUUGGGGAUAGGCCUGAGGAGGAGCUGCCUAAACCUUCUAGCAGCUGGGCCAGAAGCAUCAGGAUGUUCCUUAAUGGUAAUGUGCAAAGGUUUGAGAUAAGGCUGGGGUAGGGGAGCAUUUCCCACAUACACGGCUCUUAAAGGCUCUACGGCUAAUGUAUUGCGUCUUACUGUAGUAGCUUGGCUUUGCAUUGUACAGUUCCUUCCUUUGGCCACUGACUUACCCACAACCUGCAGAUUUGGAGGGUGAACUUGGGCCACAUUGGGGAAACUUCUUCCCUCUUUCUGAAUUUGUCUCCUGAACUUCUGCAUGAUGCUGGAUCUUUCCUGACCCCCAAUGUUCUGCAUUUACAAUUUCUUUGGUUCUCUCGGUAGUCCUGUGACCCGUAAAUUCCUGGAAAACAAUUUAUUUUUCUUGCUUUGUGAUAAUCGCAUAAAUGAUAAUAAAAUAUAUGACUGACACUUAGACAAGCAGAAAUGUAC